AUGAUAUCUGCCGGCAGCGAGGUGGUAUCCCGUGACACGGAUGCGGUCGUCGUCGAUUUCCAAGCCACGGUCGACGCGACAACAGGCGAGGUACCCACCAACGAACCGGAGAACAAGAGUCUGCUUGUGGCCGCCGAGAAAGGCAACACGGCGUUAGUCGUGAAGCUGCUGGAAGCCGGUGCCGACGUACGGCACAGCGACGGCAGCGGCUGGUCGGCGCUCCUGCACGCGGCGGAAGCCGGCCACGCGGAGACGGUCGCCGCGCUGCUGGGCGCGGGCGCGCACGUGCGCCACGCGGCUCGCGACGGCGACACCGCGCUCAUCCUCGCCGCGUGGGAGGGCCACGACGACGUCGUGCGGAGGCUGAUCGCGGCCGGCGCGGACGUCAACCACGCCGACGCGACCGGCUGGACGGCGCUGAUGCGCGCGGCGGAGUCGGGCAUGACGGAGACGACGAGGCUGCUGCUGGACGCAGGCGCGGACACGCACCGCGCCGACGACGACGGGUGGACGGCGCUGACGAACGCCGCCUGGCGGGGGCGCACGGAGACGGUGGCCAUGCUAAUAUCCGCCGGCGCGGACGUGCAUUACAGCGGCCCUGACAAGAUGACAGCUUUCCAGUGGGCAGCCAAUUACGGCCACAAAGAGAUUGUGACUUUGUUGAUCGACGCCGGGGCGGCGGACAGAGCUGCCGACUUCAACUUUGCGUAUGACAAGGCCGUCGAUAAUGCCCACAAGAGGGCGCUUAAUAAACACUUUCGCCUGACUGCCGGCGUGCUGCUGUCGCAUCACAUCCUGCAGGGUUUGCCCGCAGCGUGCUUCGUCGAGUCGGACGAUUGCCGCAUGACUGCGUCGGGCGAAGGCGUGCGCUCCGUGAGAACCCUGAUGAAUCUCUGGAAGUUGCCGUGCUUGGGGAAAUUGAAGCAUCGGACGGAGUGCGACGAGGUUAAGGCGGCUGUCAUGGAGUUGAUUCAGAGCUUGUGCGCGGAGAUGCGUACCCUUGACCGCAACCUUGACUGCGAGCCCAUCCUGGUGGGCAGCACCGCUAAUGGGACCAAGGCUGGGCUGCCCGACGAAUUCGAUUUCAUCUUCGAGAUUAAAAAGCUCUAUGGGAAAGUCAGGGUUGAAAGAACCAAAAGCAGUGGUGCAGUCCAGGUGUACAAGAGGUGGCUAAUGUGCAUGAAGGACUACAUAUCAGUCGAAAUGAAGGAAACGUUUGUGAAAAUAUUAUGCAAAGCGAUGUCGAAUGUAAUGAGCACAUUGGGAACUUCUUUAAAAAUUUGUAAAAACGUGCAAAUCUGUGAGUGGAACAAAGUUUGCACGACUUUUAAUUUUAUGUUUACACAGGGUAUUUUUUACAAAAAUCUGAUGUUGUCGAUAGAUGUCACACCAGCUAUAAGAAUUCAAGGUCUACCGCAUAAUGUGCAACCGAAAUUUCCGAAAAACUUUCACUACCACGUCGUGCCAAAGCCCAUGAGUGCCUCAAAUAAACACUGGUUCGUGUGUACUGCUCAGGCAGAGAACAAUUACAUUCUCGGACUUCCAAAAAUAUUUAAGCAAGCCGUCGUCGCUGCGAAAGCCUGGUUAAAUCCGAUAACGCAGGAUUGCGAUCUACGCUACCAAGACGUAGUGGGCAACGAACACCUGAAGGAAGAUACCGACGUACUAAACUUGAAUGCUUACAACAUUGAUGCCGUGAGGCUGUUCAUUGCCACUCGACGUCAGCCGAAAAGCCUCAUCGAUUCGUACCUGCUCAAGUUGUCUGUGAUCCACGUCUCGUCGUGCGUAUCGCUCGACGCACAGCAGUCCGAGGAAGAGCAGUUACACGCGAUCAUGCGCGAGAUGUUCGCCUACGUGAAGACGUGCGUGACGGAGCGCAACAUGCCACACCCUUUCAUCAGGGAAUUCAACGUUCUCGCGGAGGACGCCGGCAAAUUAGUGGAGCAGGUGCCGGCUCUUUAUCUGAAGCGACGCUGCCUAGAGGAGUUGCUCUCGCGCCUCGACAGUGGCCAGCUCGUCAGCCCGGCGGGACUUCUGCAGCUGAGCGCCGACGAAUUGUGGGCGGAGAUGGAGGCAACGGUGACGGCAGAACACCCUCGCAUCGAUCCGGAUCAGCUUUCGAGAAACGUUCGCUCGUGGUUCGCGCGCGUUUGGAAUGAACUGUGUAACUAGUGGUGCGAGGCCUCGGAUAAGUGAUGGUCUUGUUCCGACACCGAUCUCAACCUCUGCCAGAAUCACAUUUUAUAAUUGCAGAGCUCUAGCAGCAGAAGCUACUCUUAUACAGGCGUGGGUUCAUACGUGUAAUCAUUUAUUGCUGUUUGCCAAAUGAAACGGUCAGACAUUUAUACACUUUUUUCGCAGCUUAAUCGAACUACACGAGUUUAGUAUUGUUGUGAUAAACUCAAGUAUUGUCCUCUUAUAUAAAUUGAAUCUCUUAUAUCAUUGAAAUGUAUGUACACAGAUUUUAUAUUGGUAUAUAUUUGAUAUUCAUAGAAAGUAUUUUAGCCUCAAUAUGGUGUUGCUUUUCAACAUUAAAAUGACUAGGUCACGUGCUGUAAUAAAUAAGGAUUUUGCCAUUUUUGGCUCAAACAUUAA